AUGGAUAUCAUUUUUGCAAGUAUCGACAAUAGUGACUCGGAUCUACUUGCGGAGGCCGAGGUGGGUAUUACGUUCUGGCUUGGAACACAGCCAGUUUCUUUCUAUAUCGGCGCUCCAGAACAUAACAUCCGUUGGACUUUUGAGUCUGGUAGUCCAGGUGUACCUUUGCGCUGUCGCUUGUUUGGCAUCGUCGGUCGCUUUGUCGGAUCUACAUCUGAUUUGGGAACGGGGCCAAACAUCUAUCCUGUGUUGGAACUAGUUUAUCCCAAUAAACCAGGUGAUAGGCUUUCGGCAACCUUUUUCAAUCAGUUGCAGGUCUUGCAUGACCAGGUGGAGACUGACAUGAGGGGGUGCACAGAUGUCCAGGUUAGAACUUGGUCAACAAACGCAGCCGCGUUGUCGACCGAUGGAUGUGUGAUCUACGUUCACAUUCAUCGUGAUGCUACUAUUUCUGGAGUGGGUGCUCUUGCUGCCCCUAGGUUUCGUUUCCCUGUUGACGAUGUAUCGUGCAUCGUGAAAGAGCGAUUUCCUCUACUGCGAGUCGGGGCAUUCAUCGAAGCAACUGUUUCAUUGCAUCGGGUGGAUAAUGUGGAGUCAGGGAACCGUCAUUACUCUUUAGUCGCAGACAAGAUCGAUGUGAUCAUGCAAAAUGUUAGUACGAGAUUAGGGGUCCUUGUCUAA